AUGCCGCCCAAGGUCCGCGCACUCGACCUGGACAACACCUCCACGGCAUACUACGCAUCAGCAACCGUGGCCCCGUCGGGCGCAAGGCUCGUUCAUGUCUCCGGCCAGCCCGGAAACACCAAGGACGACGUGGUCCCCGACGAUUACGAGUCGCAGAUCCACCUGGCGCUCCUCAACCUGCGCAAGAUCAUCAUCGUCGCGGGCGCGUCGGUCAAGGACAUCGUGAAGCUCACGCUUCUCAUCGUCGACUACGACAGCUCGGCCCGCAAGCACACGCGCCACAUCCAGCGCUUCCUGGGCGGCCACCGGCCGGCAAUCACCCUCAUACCCGUGUCCAAGCUAGCCGUCUCGUCCUGGCUGUUCGAGAUCGACGCCGUCCUCGCCGUGCCCGAGACCCCCGCGCCCGCGCGUGGCCUUGCCCUGCCGGAUGCCGACGAGUCAGUGGACGUCGUCAUCAUUGGCGCCGGCCUGGCCGGAUUGUCUGCCGCCCGGGACGUCCUGAAGAGCGGCCUCUCCUGCGUCGUACUGGAGGCGCGCGACCGCGUCGGCGGAAAGACGUGGAGCGAGCCGUUGCAAGACGGGCAACCUGGCGUCGUCGACCUUGGCGCGGCAUGGAUCAACGACACCAACCAAAGCCGGGUCUACGCCUUGGCCAAGGAGUACGGGGCAGAGCUGAUUGAGCAAAACACCAACGGGGACGUAGUCCUCCAGGACUUUGAUGGAAAGUGCUCGCCUUUCCCCUACGGAGAACUUCCCUUUUUUGACGAGGCCACCCGCAAAGCACUGGCCGGCAUCCGCGACAUGGUCGAGGCCGACUGCCAGGCCGUCGAUACAUGGAAGCCCAAAGACACCAGCCUGGACAGCCUGACCUUUGCGGCGUAUCUGCGCCUGCGGGGCGCCGACGACGUGGCUAUGGCCACGGCCAACGUGUGGACCUGCGCCAUGCUGGGCCAGGAGGCGACCGACAUUUCCGCGCUCUACUUUCUAAACUACUGCAAAUCGGGCGGGGGCCUGUUGCAGAUGCGCUCCGACCGCAAGGACGGCGGCCAGUACCUGCGCGUCCGCCAGGGCACGCAGGUCUUCUCAAAAGGCCUGGCCUCGUCGCUGCCCGAGGGCGUCGUGCGCCUGAGCCGGCCCGUCCGUGCUGUCGUCCGGGACGACCACCCCGGAGGCGGCCGCUACGCCGUAAAGGUCCAGACGGACGAGGGGGUUUUGGCCGCGCGCAAGGUGAUCACGACCAUCCCCGGCCCGGCCCUCAAGAACAUCAGCUUCCGGCCGGCCCUACCGCUCCCCAAACAGGCGUGGAUAGAGUCCCUCAGCUACGGGUACUACACGAAGGCCAUGAUGCAGUUCGAAUCGCCAUUCUGGGUUGAGCGUGGCUUCUGCGGGCUCGCGCAGUCGUUCGUGGGCCCUGCCAGCGUGAUCCGCGACACCUCCGUGCCCGCCGACUCGAAACACGUCUUGACGUGUUUCAUGGCGGGCGACCGCGGCAGAGCGUGGGCGGCGCUUGACGCGCCGGCCAGGGAGAAGAGCCUCCUUGCCCAGCUGGCGCAGCUGUUCGGCUGCGAGGACAUCCAGAGCCGGUUUGUCCGGAUGAGCACGUACGAGUGGGUAAAGGACGAGUGGUCCGGCUGGGGCUGCCCUUGCACGUCCCUCGCGCCCGGCGUGCUCGACACACUGGGUGGGGACAGCCUCCGGAAGUCUUGCGGAGAUUUGCAUUUCGCAGGCACGGAAACGGCAGGCGAGUGGAAGGGCUACAUGGAGGGUGCAGUCCGGAGCGGAGAGCGUGCUGCUGCCGAGGUUAUAGAAGCGUUGACAAGCACCAGCGGCGCCUCUCGGCUCUAG